AUGCCUAAACAGGAAAUGGUCCAACUGGACGGCUCGGAAUACAUGUUUGGAGAACACGGUGGCCGAGGAACCACAGCACCCACUUUUUUCAAACGCCUCACCAGCUACGGAUCCAAGACACACAAACAUGACGACGUCAAGGUCGUAGGAGCAUCUUACUCACACGCUGACAACAUGAAGAAGAACAAAAAGAAGUCCAGCAAAGACAAGGAAGAAGAUCCCUCCCGACGAAGCGGUUCAUACACCGACCUGGAUGACGACUGGGACGCCAACGUCGACAACGGAUUACGCAACACCCAGGCUGUCAAAUGUGUGGAAAAUAAGGUCGAGGGAUCUGAACGUCCCGACCUGAUAAAACGAUCCAGCAAAGACGUGUACCCUUCGAUUCGACAGAUUUCCGCCAGCAAUAUCAAGUCGCAGGUGUUUGGCAUUCUCCACGACCCCUCUAACUCACUCAAUGCCGUUCGGGGAGAAUCAGACCUCUCUGUCAACUCCACACUGAGCAAGAGCGCCCCUACAGACUCCAUCAAGCUGGGCAAGUUCAAAACUGUGCUUGCUGCUCCCAAUGUGGAUAUUGGUGAGCUUAAAAAACUGGCGUGGAGUGGAAUUCCCCUCGAACUCAGACCGUUGUCGUGGCAACUGCUGCUGGGAUACCUGCCCACAAACUCCGAUCGACGAGUCGAUACCCUUGCCCGAAAACGACAGGAAUACAAGGACGGAGUUGAGCAUGUUUUCCACAAAGUCGCUCUUGAUCAGGCCAUGUGGCAUCAGAUUGAGAUUGAUGUGCCACGUACAAACCCCCACCUGAAGCUGUACGGCUUCCCUGCAACACAGAGAUCGCUCGAACGUAUCCUGUAUCUUUGGGCUGUUCGUCACCCUGCCAGUGGUUAUGUCCAGGGUAUCAACGAUCUGGUAACGCCUUUCUUCCAAACAUUCUUGUCUGCAUAUAUCGAUGAAGAUGUCGAGUCGUGUGAUCCGGCCCAGUUGCCACGAGAAGUCAUGGAUGUCGUUGAAGCAGACUCAUUCUGGUGUCUCUCCAAGCUGCUAGAAGGUAUCCAAGACAACUACGUACAUGCGCAACCCGGUAUCCAACGGCAGGUGGCUGGUUUGCGAGACCUGACGUCUCGAAUCGACGCCAAGCUCGCUAAACAUCUUGAAUCUGAGCAGGUGGAGUUCAUGCAGUUCUCCUUCCGGUGGAUGAACUGUCUGCUGAUGCGAGAGCUGUCUGUCAAAAACACAAUCCGAAUGUGGGACACAUACAUGGCUGAGGGCCCCAACGGUUUCUCAGAGUUUCACGUUUACGUAUGUGCAACAUUUCUGGUGAGAUGGUCGGCUAAGCUGAUUCACAUGGAGUUCCAGGACAUUAUGAUCUUCCUUCAGAGCUUACCUACCAAGGACUGGGGUGAGGGAGAAAUCGAGCUACUAUUGAGUGAAGCCUUCAUGUGGCAGAGUCUGUUCAAAAACGCCUCAGCACACUUGAGAUAG